AUGGAGAAAAAGAUGGAUGUUGUGGAACUCAUAUCAACCUUAUUGGACAAUGGGAAGUAUAAAGAAGUUCUAAGAAUACCUAAUGAAGAAAAAUUUGCUGAUGCAUUUAAAGAUAACUGCUGGGAUCUCAUAUCAGUUGCAGUCAAUAAAAUUCAAAAUGAUACCAUCACUCUAAAACCGUCACUAUAUGGCGUUUGUGAGGAACUCUUAACUUUAAUUAUUGAAAAGGCAUCUCCUGAAGAAGCGUUAUUAGAAUUUAUUGAACAGAUUGAAGUUGCAAAGAAUGAUGCACAAUUUAGUAUCAUACUAAAUCCAUUGCAAGUGCUGCUUAAGAAAUUGACAUUAAAAAGAGGAAGGUCUUUGGAAUGGUGCCUUAAUUCCAUAAGCACAUACAUAGAAGCUAUUCUCUUACCAGAACACCAUUUAGAAGGAAAAGAAAGGUUGUUGAUGGAUAGUGACACUAAUGUGAGGAGAAUCAUCCAUGUUUAUUCACUAUUACCUCCUUUUUACCAGCCAUUCAUUGAUGAAAUAAAAAAUAACAGUCCUAAGAAAACUGCUGAUAUUCUCUGUGCUUUCCUAAUAAGCCUCUUUGGAAAACCAUUUACACACAUUGAUUUAGACCCAGAAGGCAACUAUAAUGGACAAUUUCGUCAAUGCUGUGCUAUUAUUUUAAAUGACACAUGCUCUCUUUUGAAAAAUGUACUAAAAUUGAUAACAUAUUUAGAAAAAUUCUAUAAAGAAAGUAAAAGACCUCAACCUAAGAAUAAUGAGGAAGGAAGAAAUAAUGACGAUCAGUACCCCUUGGAUCACAAAGAAAAAGUAAAUAUGACAACAUUAUCAGGCCUCUUUUAUGCAAUAUUUUCUGAAGACUUUCAAGUACCAGAUUUAGCUGUCCCUCAAGUCUAUUCGCCUUAUUACAUAGCCCACUCCAUUCUUAUAAGUGUUGUGCAUUUGUUCCAAUUUGUUGAGUAUGGUCCACAAAAAAAAGCAUUGUCUUUGUGUACUCAUACCUUAGAGUAUUUUCCAAGUAAUUUACCAUACACACUGCUUACUGUACCCAUACAUAUUGAAUUGUGCAAAUCAUUAAUGAAUGUCGCUAUAUAUUCGUAUUAUGAAAAUAACCGUAAAAAUUCUGUCAAAUUAAUAGAAACUCAUAUUAAAAAAUUUGAAUACAAAGGUAGAGUGAAGCUUCUCAAAUAUAUAUUUGACAAUGCAAAUCAUUCAGGAAUGAUAGGCUACGCGAUAACGCUGUGUAAAAAUACCUUAGAUGAAGCUUUCAAGGAUCCAGAGUUACCAGAAUGUUUUACAGGGCCACAAUUCCUUACCCUGGUAAAAAAAAUUUGCUACCUCCCCCAUGGUGAAGAAUCCGAUUUAGUUGAGUUGGCUGAUCAAAUUAUAAGUGCAUUAAACUUUUUGAGAUAUGUAGUAAUAAAGGACAAUGAUAACAGAACAGGAGUAAAGGAAUGUUUUUCUACCAUAGAAACUGAAUAUUUGGAUAAGUUGCGCACUGGUCUUAAUAUGUCAAAAGCUCAUUAUGAAAUGAAAUUGAAGGAAAUUAAUGAAAAGAAGAAAGCGUUACACAAAGAUACAGACAUUCAGUUAAAUAUAGGUGGUAAUGUGCUCGACAAGAUACCGAAAAAGAACAAGAAGGAAAUUAUUAACUCAGCUCUAAAUGCUUUUCAUUUAAUAGAAGGCCUUUUAGGACGAUUAUCUGAAUGUAUAACUAUUAAUAAAGCACAAGCCUUACGAAACGGGCAUAGAUGUAUAAAGCCGGCAGUAUUAGCACCAAUUAGCAGAACAAUUCUCAGGCAGUAUUGUAAAACUGCAGAAAAAAAAGAUAAAGUAAUUCCAGUCAUAAGAACAGGCACGGAGGAAAAUCAAUAUGAAGAUGAUAUAAAAAACCAAAUAUUAGCUAAAUCACUCGACUUCGUUCCUAAAUCUGGAUGGUCUGUGGAAUCUCUGGCUUCUGGUGCAGAAGCUGCAGGAUACCCUGGUAUCACACAUGGACUUUUCCCAAAUGGUGGGGGAGACCUUGUACACUACUUUAAUGUAAAAUGCAAUGAGCAACUUGUAGAGCAAAUGAAAGCGUGGCCGAAAGAGGACGUGCUAGGCACCAAAAUUCCCGUUCAGAAGGUUGAAAACGCCAUAAUGAUACGACUUCUGAUGAUUGAGCCUUACAAGAGUUCAUGGCCAAAAGCAAUGGCAAUACAAGCUUUACCUAACAAUGUCCCUAAUUGUUUAGCAACCUUGUUGUCGCUGGUAGAUGACAUUUGCUAUCAUACUGGAGAUCGUAGUGUAGAUUUUAAUUGGUACAUACGCCGAGUGGGUCUCGCUGGUAUUUACAAAGCGUCCGAAUUAUUCUACCUUACCGAUAGUAGCGAGAGCAAUAGCGCAACUAGAAAUUUCGUGAAAUCUAGAAUAAGGGAUGCUGAAUUAAUUCAGACAGCUCUUAACAUGAACCCCGUAGCAGUGGCGCCACAAUCGCUAACUGCAGCCUUUGUUACGGCUAAGAAUAUGUUGGGAAUAAAUACACUCAAGUAA